CACAUUUGGUGGAUAGAAGAGAACGGGUUUGGGCAGAAACAACCGCUAUAUAAAAAUGGUAUCCACCCGUUUUCAGAUUUGAAACCGGCAAAGAAGUGGGAAAUUCUCCGCCUUGGAAGAACCAACACUGUUCCUUGAUUCUCAACCAAAAUUCCCUAGCUAAAAAUGGUGAGUAGUUCCAAGGGAGGAUCGGCCAGCGACGCCGAUAAUUCUUCUGGCGACGCGCCCGAAUCUCAGUCCAACAGCCUAUUCUCCGAGGGCGAGAAGGUUCUCGCCUACCACGGCCCCCGCAUCUACGAAGCCAAAGUUCAAAAAACAGAGUUCCGGAAGAAUGAGUGGAGAUAUUUUCUCCAUUACCUUGGUUGGAAUAAAAAUUGGGAUGAAUGGGUGGGCAUGGAUCGGCUGAUGAAAUACACCGAAGAGAAUAUCGUGAAGCAACAGGCCCUUGAUAAGAAAGCUGGAGUGGACAAGAAUUCUAAAUCAGGACGUUCGGCUCAAGCAAAACCAAAAAGUUCAGCUGAUGCUAAAGUGGAUAAAGAGGAGGCAAAAACCACAGCUACAAAGGGGAAAAAGCGAAAGGCUGAUUCAGGGAUUGAGGACAACCCUGCAACAGAAAAACUCAUCAAAAUCCAAAUCCCUCCCAGUUUCAAGAAGCGAUUAGUUGAAGAUUGGGAGUUUAUUACUCAGCAGAACAAGCUUGUGAAGCUCCCCAGAUCACCAAAUGUUGACGAUAUAUUGACAAAAUAUCUUGAACACAGGUCCAAGAAGGAUGGCAUGAUGACUGAUGUGGUUGGAGAAAUUUUGAAUGGGUUAAGAUGUUAUUUUGACAAAGCAUUGCCAACUAUUCUUUUGUACAAAAAGGAGCGCCCACAGUACCGAGAGGCUGUUUCAGAUAAUACAUCUCCAUCAACUAUAUAUGGAGCUGAACAUUUGUUGCGCCUAUUUGUGAAAUUGCCAGAAUUGUUGGCUUAUGUGAAAAUUGAUGAGGAGACUUUGAUUCGGUUGCAGCAGAGAUUGCUCGAAUUUCUCAAGUUUCUGCAAAAUAACGAGAGCACUUUCUUCCUCUCCGCAUAUGAUGGUCCUAAAAUUACUGAAGGAGGUAGCAAGGGGAAGGAUAGCUGAUUUGAUAAUCAGUGUGUUCUUGUCGUAGUUGUUGGCUUUAAUAUACCGGGAAAGAAGCAUCGGUAUGUAUGGGUAAUCAUGUUGUUGUUUAUAGGCUCUUACAUAUUGUUGUAGCAACAUAGUACUUUAUUUUAGAAGGAUGCAUAGUUUCCAUUUUUCACAUUCUAGUUGUAAAACAGCUCCACACCAUCAAUUUCAACUGUAAUAUACUUACCUAAAUUUGAGACAUGCCCUUGAUCCUGA